AUGGUGCCCAACGUGCCGCUCGAGACAGAUGCCACUGUCACGAGUGGCUCCCUGGGCAGUGUCACACCGCUGUCGAAUGUAUAUGCAACAGACCCUUUGUACACGACUUUGAAGGAGGACUACAAGACUGUCAGACUUCUUCGCUUGUUACCAUUACCGUCCGGAAUAUGCUGUGAGCUAUUCGUUGCGUCCCUGGAACGAUAUCGUGGCAGGUUCGACGCCGUCUCAUAUACUUGGGGACACGAUGAGCCGUCCCACGAGAUUACGGUCAAUGGACGACCAUUUCUGGUACGCCGAAACCUCUGGCACUUUCUGAAUGCCCGGCAGAGGAUGAGACGUGGGAAGCGAACUGUUCUCUGGAUCGACGCCAUCAGCAUUGAUCAGGACAACCCGACAGAACGGAAUCAUCAAGUCGCGUUGAUGGGCAACAUAUAUCGAACUGCAAAUCAAGUGCUUGCGUACCUUGGGGAAGGAUCUCGGGAGACGGACGCAAUGCUGCCGCUGCUGGAGGACGUCAAUCGGUGGGAGAAACGUUUGUCCCAGACACAUGCCUAUCUGCAGAUGCGAUCGGCAUUGGAAUAUAUCUUCAACCAAGACUACUGGAGACGGUUAUGGAUUGUCCAAGAGGUCAUCUUGGCGAACCAUACUGUCUUCAUUUGUGGCGAGCAUAGCCUGAACGAAUCACAGUUCAGAAAACUGCUUUUCUUGCACCUCGUGUGCAGGCAUGACUUCCUGCCGGAGCAGACCAUGAAGCAUCUCUACGCGGCGCAGCGUCUCCUGCUCCACAAGAGCGACCUCCGAUCAAGGCAUCGAGCCAUGAACCACAGCCUGAUCGACCUGAUCUACAGCUACGGUAGCUUGGCAUGUUCAGAACCCCUGGACCAUGUGUACGGGCUGCUCGGACUGAUUGAGACUUGCCAGAAGAGCACAAGUCGCAUCUCUGUUGACUAUUCUCGGUCUCGGGCACAAUUACUUUGUUCAGUGCUGCAAGCAGAGAGCAGCGAAGACUCGGUCCCUCUGGCACUCACGCUCUAUGGCAUUCUGGACCCGACAUCCCACGAUCCUAGAUCGACGCCCGACAACAUGUUGCUGCCAGUCACUUUGAGCUUGCAGCGCUGGAGAAUGUACUCUACCAUGUACAAUAUCGCGCAAACAUGCUCACUUCCCUCCAUGCGAAGACCAUGCAAUCAACACUUCAUCUCUGAGCCACUUGCAGCAGCGGAACUUGAGCCCAUCAAUCUGGAUCACGAUAUCUGGGCCGUCUACGAUUUUGCUGUGCCUCAGAAAAUCGAAGCUCAUCUGCUCAUCACCAGAGCAUCCAAGGCGGAAUUCGGGACCAAUCCACUCAAUGGCGUCGACAAGCUGAAGGCGAUCUGGGCGACUCCUGACGAACAGACAUCCGUAACGGCGUCCUUGUCAGAAGAGAAGAUUGCAGCGGUCUUCUCGGGUUUCGUCAUGCUAGCCCAAACCGCGACGUUUUCGAUUGAGUCAGGUCAGACUAGAUUAUGUAUGCAGACUCAGCAGCGCGACUUGUUUGAGUGGCUGGAUCUACUUACUCGGCUUCCCCUCGCUGCUGCUGCGGAACAACCUGGGUGA